AUGCCGCCACCAUCACCAGGAGCACCCCUAUCCUCAUCCUUCUGGCCUGCAGCAGACGCCGUUGCCGUCGGCAAUGACGGCUAUAGCCAGGGCAACGGUGGCGGCCGCGACGAAGCGACACCAUCGAGGCGGCUGUUCUCGUGCCUCUUCUGCGAGAAGAAGUUCCUCAAGCCGCAGGCACUGGCAGGCCACCAGAACGCGCACAAGAAGGAGAGGGUCGGCAGCUGGAACACUCACCUCUACCUCCAAGCUGACCACGACAACCAGCCGGCCACCCCGACGGCUACGGUGCCGGCAAGGAGCUGGCGGCGCGCGUGCCUCGAGGACCACGAGAAGCAGAUGCUUCUACCGCAGCAUCUUGAUCUCAACCUUAAGCUUUAA